CAGAAAUAUCUUUAAUUGCUCUAAGUGACUUUUAGAGAUAGACUUGCAAAAGACUUCUUUUUGAGUCAACAGACGUCCGUGCCAAUUUCCGGACUAGCGUACUUCUCUCUACUUUCUUCUCAGAACCACCAUCAUUGGAAGUGUUGCAAUGAUGCCAUGACAUCAAAUGAAGGAAAUGUUCAAGGGAAGAGAUACGAUGCAUCCUCUGAACUCUUGAUUGGACCCGAGUCUGAAAGGAUCAAAUUAUCCGAAAUUGCAAAUGAUCCCAUCUUCGCACAGUGUCAGAAAGUGCCAACUUAUUCAAAGGCUUUGACAUCAACAGAAGAAGAAGCUUUGGCGAGGAGAUGUUCUGUAUACGAGCUUCAGAAAAAGGUCAAGGAGACUGUAGAUGAUAGAAAACUAGCAUCUGAACUUCGAACUCGACUUCUCACUUGGGUAGUAGAAGGUGUACCUGAACACGCAGAUACAUUUCGACGGAAGCGCAAGCGAAAGCAAAAUGAACAAACGUCAGAUGUGACGGAGAAUGAAUCGGAUGAUACCCUUGAGAAUGCCACCUCGCACGAGGUAGAGCCAAUAAGAGGAUUGCAAUCGCUGCAGAAAGUCCAAGACUCCGUUCCGAAUGCGUUCAAGUUUAUGGCCAAUCCUGCUCUCGCCAGUGCAUAUCAUCAACAAGGAGGUCGUUCAGAUGGAUCCGCAAUUGUAGCACCGACUCCGACUCAUCUGCUGAAAAAUAUCGAAUAUCCUUCCUCUGUGAUUGAAGCUGUAAGUGAAAGACAGACCAGCGAUGGCAAAGAAAGCCGGCCUUUUAUCCUUGAGAUCUCAAUCUACAGCAGACCACCUCGCGGUAUGUGGGCAAAGGAAAAGUUUGAUAGGAUCGUACGUUCUGUGCCUGAUUCAGGAUACCAUCUAGAAGAAGAAAAAGAGUUUGAGGACAAUUCUCAUUGGCAAGAUGGCGAGAGAUUUGAGAUUCCCGAAAGGACAAAGCGAGGACCUCAAUCUAUGUUUGGCAGAUCAGGCCCGUAUGAAUCAUUGCAACUUGCACAAAAGAUCGAGAUUCGUAGUGAUGCCACUUUGAAAGACCUUCGAGAUGGGUUCUAUUGUAGGAUGGACGAUAUUCCAGAAUCUGUCAAUGAGUCAGAAAAGUUCAAAGCAUGGAACAAGCAAGUCGCCGUGGGAGAUUUGAGCAGUGCCGCUCCACAAAUGCACCAGUAUACCGGUCAAAAGCGCAGGACGGAUAGCUGUUUCUUGAUAGAAGAUGUCUUAUACAGCGAGUAUGCUGGCCAAGACGCAUACGCUUUGCUACUUUCAACACACUUUUCGAAACCAAAUGAGGACGGAGCACCUCCCCGAGCAAGUGCAAGUGGACAGAGGAUGGAGGAUGUAAAGAUGGACUCAUUGGAGCUUUGUACUGGCAAAUUGUAUUGGCUCUUACAUCAAGGCAGCUGUGAGCAUGUUUGGGUCAUUGAUGUGAUGAGAUUAGCCCGAGAAGAAGAAUGCAAGCGACCAAAUUCCGAGUCUGUCACGACCUUUCUUAGGAAUGAUUCUGCAGUCAAUCCGAUCGUUCGAUGGUCACGACCAGUCAAGAGGGAGGAAGCUUUCUUGUUUGGUCCAUGUCAGAUUUGUGAUAAACGACCGUCAGAUAUGAUUGUUGCUGGGGGUGGACGAUUUCGUCCUUUGAAUGGAAAAGAGACAUGUAAGGGUUUAGGAGAUGACAAUGUUGGUGUAUGCGAGUAUUGUUGGUAUACCUUGAAUGGUGACAAGGUGGAAAUUGCAGGGGCCGGUGGAGAAGGAUGGUCAGUUAUACCACUGACGUAAGAACAUCGCUCUUUUUCUGUAUAGUAUGAAAUUGUAUCUAAUACAAAAGCCAGCUCGAGAAAAGAAGCAACCAUGACAACAAUCAAGAUUCCUUUGUUUUUAGC